AUGCUCGAAGACACGCGUUCAGAAACUGUUAUCAAACAUCACAAACAAUCAUUCGCGCAACAUGGCAUUCCGGUAUCGCUACUAACUGACAAUGGUCCGCAAUAUACCAGUCGCAAAUUUCAAGAAUUUAGCGACAAGUUGGGAUUCUGCCACAAGACUUCGAGUCCGCAUUACCCUCGAUCAAACAGUUUAGCCGAGAUAACAGUUCAAACCGUGAAAAACUUGUUAAAGAAAGCAAAGGAGGCAGUACAAGACCCAUACCUAGCCUUGCUAACAUACCGCGACACGCCGCGAAGCAACGACUUUGAGUCGCCAGCGCAGUUACUCCUCGGUCGCAGACUAAGGUCGCAAAUACCUGUAGUCGCUGAUGAACUCAAACCAAAUCAUCCGAACAGCAAUUUAGUGCAUGAAAAACUGCUAGGACGCAAAGCUGUAGCUAAGUCAAUGCAUAACAAGCACUCCAGACGCACGCCAUACCAACCUCUAUUGCCGAGAGACAACGUACGCAUCCACAACGGAAAAGUUUGGGAACCAGCAGAAGUAGUUGACAGAACAGACCAACCCAGAUCCUACAACGUCAAGACAACGAAUGGAAACGUCCUCAGAAGGAACAGGAGCCACCUCAAGAAGAUUCCAGACAACAGUGUUAGAACUGCAGAUGAACAGUUUUCAAUACCAAUUGAGGAGAGUGGUCACGAUCAGACCGACAACCAGAACAUUCAUAUUCCACCAGUUGUUCAUGUUGAAACAAGACGACCAGUUGUAACUUCGUCAGGUCGGGUAGUUAAACCAAAUAGUAGAUACAAAGACUAUGUGAAGUAG